ACAGGUUUUCAAGUACGAAAACGAAAGUACAAAAUCCCCUUGUUGCAAUAAACAUUGGAUGUUUCUGAGGUCAAGACGAUUAUAAUGUAACAACAUGACAGAGAUCUUGAAUUUGGGUCUAUUCUACCUCGAUAAAGCCGUAACACAACUAGGUUAUCCCAGAAAAGAGGUGGAGAAGGCUGCAGGCGAGGUGAGGCAGGAGGUCACAUCAAAAGCAAAAGAAGUAAUGGCCCUGCACGGAUCAAGGUUUUUCUUGAGAAUCGGCGGCCUGUCCGGUGCAGUCGCAGUAUCAAUGGCUGCGUAUGGAGCUCAUGCUUUUAAAGUUGAAGAUGAAAAGGGAGAGCAGCUGAAAAAGAUUUUUGAUACUGGGAGCAAGAUGCAUUUGGUGCAUUCUGCAGCACUAGUGUGCUCUCCUCUGUGCAACAGACCAUACCUGACUGGCAGUUUGUUGACCCUCGGUAUUGUCCUGUUUUCUGGCAGUUGUUACGUCCAUGCUUUAACCGGAAACACAAAAAUCCGAUACGUCACCCCCUAUGGAGGA